GCAGCGUCCUGAUCUGUCAUGGCCGCCCGUCCUUGCUUGCCGGUGAUAGUCACCGUGCUGGUCUGCUGGUUAUCCCCCUGCCUUGCGCUCGGCGACAGUGAAAACUCUGAAUCGCACAAAAAGGUUGUAAUACACGUCCCGUCGUACGAGAAAGUAAUCAAACACACCCACACAGUCUACAAGAUCAUAGGGCCAAAGAAGAGUGAGAACGACCACAAGCACCACGGAGAAGUGAUUCACAAGCACAUCCACGGGGGCCACGUGGACCACGUCCACAAGCACGAUGGACACGGACACCACGAACACAAGCACCACGGGCACGCCGAGCACGGUCACACCCACCACGGCCAUUCGGACCACAAGCACGCCCACGCUUUCCACGGUGUGCACGACCACAAGCACGCGGGCCACGCCGAACACGGGCACAAACAUCAUGGACACUCGGAUCACAAGCAUUCUCACCAGGGGCACCUUCAUGGCGUGCACAAGCACACAGGCAACGCGGAGCACGGCCACAAGCACUUGGGCCACGUGGGCCACGAGCACGCCCACACAGUACACGGCGGCCACACAGGCAGCCAUGACUACCACUCCAGAGCCUUCGACAGUGGCCUCAGCCCCGUGCACCAGUACGAGACCUACGAGUACCUGGACGAUCUUCCUGCUCAUAGCUACAAUCCCUACUACGGCGGAUACCAGCAGGAGGGAUACCAUGGAGGUUAUUCCAGGUUAGGAAGAUACUACUGAGUGACACAUUCGCCAUCGUGGUUUCUCUAAACUGACCUCAACAACAGGAAAUCUAAGUCAGAGGAGUUCAAAGCUCAGGGAUAUGCUAAGAUGAGAGAUUUUUACAGUUUUGUAUAAUUCUGUUACAAAAACUCCUAGUAGGCAUAAUACCAAUUUUCAGGCUUCCUUUCAAACUUUCAAAGAUCUACCUCGUUUUCAAGUACGUUCUAUGUUCCUUGCACUUGC